CUACAGCGUCGCUUCAUGUCUGUAUUUUCUACCAAAAGACUCGAAAAUAAAACCGUCCUCGUGACCGGAGCUAGUGCCGGUAUAGGCGAGGCUACGGCUAUCUUAUUUGCAAAGGCUGGAGCGAACGUCAUUAUUGCUGCUCGUCGUCAAGAGGCUCUCUCUAAUGUGCUUCAAUCACUCAAAGAGGCACACAGUCAAGCUGGCAUACAAUGUGGAGGGAAAUUUGCUGCCGUGAAACUGGACGUAUCCAACCGACAGGAAGUUAGCAAUCUGUGGGCACAAGUACCCCAGGAUCUGCGUGAAGUCGACAUUCUAGGUAUGCCAGAAUCAGUUUAUAACAAUGGAACUUUACUCAAGGAGACAAGUGAAUAA